AUGGGCAACAGCUCCUCAAAGGAGAAGGCCGCUCUGCGGGAGCAGGUCGCUUCGCUAGACACAAAGUACAAGCUCGCGGCCGAGCUCAAGACGGCCAUUGAAGACGAACUCGUUGGCAAGAAAAAGGAAGUCAACACAACGGCCCACAGUGUAGAACAGCUCCGUCGCCAGGUGCAGGAGCUGGAAGAGAAGAACUCCACGCUGCAAUCGGAUCAUGCCGAUACCGUUGUCAAGCUACAAGCUGAACUAAGUCGAGAAUUGCAAGGACAAUUGCGUGUCGCCGAGAGCUUGACGCAGGAGCGGAAUCGGGCAAGGAAGCGUGUGGACCAGCUGGAGGAGACCAACCGUGGCCUGGAGAGGAGCGGAGCCGCAGAGCUCCAGGAGUUGAAGCAAAAGACACACGACGCCCAGGCCGAGGCCGAGCAGCUGCGCGCACAGCUCGAGGAGGGUACUCAAUCGCUGGGAACCGAGUUGAAGAAGGCGAAGGCAGACCUGGCUGAGGCCGAGGAAAAGGCCAGGGUGGAAGCCGCAGAGAGCGAGCGUAGAGCCCGAGUAGGCGCUGAAGACCUUGAGCGACGAUUCAAGUCUGAAAUCGAAGAGCUCAGAGAAAGAUCUCAGCGUGAGAUCGCGCAGUUGGAGCAGCAAUUGGUCACUCUUCGGGAGCGUAACGAGAGCUUGGAGGCUGAGCUCAAAGGCAUCCAUGCCAAACAUGAUACCGAGCUGCAACAGCACACUGCCACUCUAAAGUCCGAGCUCGCUGCCGCACAGACUGUUUUGGAGACCUCGCAGCAAGAUCGCACAGCUCUCCGCACGCAGCUCUCUUCGGUUGAGACUGAACUUGCCGACACUAGCCGCGAGCUUAAGCGUCUGCACUCGGGCUCUCAGACUGUGUAUGACGACCUCGCAACCGCUCGCUCUUCCCUCGCCACUAGCGAGCAGGAACGUCGAACCUUGGACGAGGAACUCUCUUCCCUCAAGAGCCGACUUCAAGAUUCCGAAUCAAUUAGGAAGAGCAUGCAAGACGGAUCAAAGACAGUCUACGAUGAUCUCGCUGCCGCCAAGGCCAACAUCAACAAUCUCGAAUCCCAACUCGCCAAUUCGCAGAGAGACUUGAUCGCUGCCAAGGCCGCUAAGGAAACACUUCAGCGUAAACACAACGAAGGCAUCGCGAAGAGCUCGAGUCACUUCGAAGCCUUCCAGGCGCUCAAGCUUGAGCUGGCAGAGAGCCAAGAGCGUUACCGAGCGUUGGUGAAUGCACAGGGACAGGGUGUGCCGAGCGGCUUCAAGAGUGGAUUGGUCGAGAGUGCUUGA